AAGUGAUAAGGGUCUCUCAUCAAAAGGGAGCUGAAACAGGCGGCUUUUGAUUAAGGUGGCUGGGUUUACAUACGCCAGGAUGAGCAGCAGCAGCAGCAGCACGCACAAGCAAGCGCAUCUGCAAAAAAGAACAGAAGAGAACAACACUGGCCGCCCCGCUUCGCAAAGUCCCCCAUCGAUCCGCAAGGCGCACAUCUCGCAGUCCCAUCUACACAACGCUUGGACAAACCAAAUCGAAUUCAUAACCAACUACACCCCCGACACUACCCCAUAACAAUGGCUGAGAGAGCACGUGAGGACCAGGUCUACAUGGCCAAGCUUGCUGAGCAAGCUGAGCGAUACGACGAGAUGGUCUCUUUCAUGAAGGAGGUCGCAAAGCUCGGUGUCGAACUUACCGUUGAGGAGAGGAAUCUCUUGUCCGUCGCUUACAAGAACGUUAUUGGUGCCCGCCGUGCUUCGUGGAGGAUCGUUUCCUCCAUUGAGCAAAAGGAGGAGAGCAAGGGCAACGAGGGACAAGUGAAGAAGAUCAAGGACUACCGCAUUAAAAUCGAGGGAGAGUUGGGUGACGUCUGCACCGAUAUCCUGAAUGUCCUCGACGACCACCUCAUCCCCGCCGCCGAGGCUGGCGAGUCCAAGGUGUUCUACUACAAGAUGAAGGGAGACUACCACCGAUACCUCGCCGAGUUCGCCCAAGGGGAGAAGCGGAAGGAGGCCGCGUCGCACGCCCACGACGCCUACAAGUCCGCCACCGACGUCGCACAGACCGAGUUGGCCCCUACUCACCCCAUCCGCCUGGGUCUUGCGCUCAACUUCUCCGUUUUCUACUACGAGAUCCUGAACUCUCCGGACCGUGCUUGCCACCUCGCCAAGCAAGCCUUCGAUGACGCUAUCGCUGAAUUGGACACUCUGAGCGAAGAGUCGUACAAGGACUCUACGCUCAUCAUGCAAUUGUUGAGGGACAACUUGACAUUGUGGACUUCCGACUUGCAAGAUGCUGAGGGCGAGAAGGGCGAGGAGACAAAGGUUGAGGAGACCGAGGAAGCGAAAUGAUUUGGUAUGUGCUAAAUCGGCGCACGGCUGACGCAUUGAAUCCAGGACUCAUUGAACAUCCACAUCUUUCCUUCCACGAAAAGAUGCUCAAUGUUAUUUCAAGUUUUAUAUAUGUAGCGGAGAAUCGACCCGGAGUUGGGUGCAGAUGCAAUGAACAUUGGGAGGCCCUGGGAAGACCAACGGACCAUCAAACCACCGAGCGGAAGGAUCUGGGGGGAACGUUGAUCCGGGGAGCAGGGGAGACAAUUGUUUUUCGUUGUCGUUGAACGUCAUGACUUUAUUAGGUUUUGAUUUUUUACCCCUAUCCUCGGACUGCAAAUAUCACCUCGUGCUUCUUUCUACUUCAUGUGUGUAAUUUGUUUGCCCUUGAACCGUGCUAAUCGUAUGCGUUUGUGAGAG